AUGAGGAAGACAUUGAUCAAGAGUAUCGGAUCAAGAGUAUCAAAAGGAUCAUCUGCCCUUUGUAAAAGGUGGUCACAGAUAGUGUACUGUUUGUCAACCCAGGGACGUCCUCUUACCUCUUUUCUUUUCGCGCCGGAGCUGGGACACUCGCCGAACUCAGACUCCGAACGGGAUGUAACCACUAUCACAUCUAGCAAAAAGGCAAAGACCAACACCACCAAGGGUUUUCUUCAGUAUGCAACAUCCAAUGUAUUUGUCAUGCUUGAGAAGUCACAGAUUCAGAAGUUCAAAGAGGCCUUCAACAUGACUGAUCAAAACAGAGAUGGUUUCAUACACACAGAAGGUAUGCAUGAUAUCCCUGCCUUGCUGGGGAAAAAUGCAGCUGAUGAAUGCUGAAUGCCAAGAAUACAGGUGGCUCUGAAAAGUGUUUGGUAAAAAGUUAAAUGGCACAGGUGCAGAGUAUAUUAUCAGAAAUACUUUUGCUUGCUUUGAUGAAGAAGCAACUGGCACCGUUCCCAUGAUUACAGGAGAGAACUGCUGAUAACUAUGGGAGGUCAGUUUACAGAUGAGGAAGUGGAUGAUUUGUACAGAGA